AUCAGCCUGUUCACUGCAGGUAUCUUCAUGGCAGAGGCCAGCGGAGGGUGCUGGUGUUACUGUUCUGUGCCGGAGCACGGUGGAAAGGAACCGAGGGUUACCACUAAUGGGAUUAUUGCAGUGAAUGAACCUUCAGAUGAAGAAAAAUAUCUUGGUCAAUUCCCAGUGAGUUUUGGGGCUAUUGCUCCUUUUAUGGCUGACCUGGACACAACAGAUGGACGUGGGAAUGUGUAUUACAGGGAAGAUUCGUCGUCAGAUGUCUUGCAACUUGCAUCAGACUAUAUCAAGGGAGGUUUUCCUGAGACUGCUUUUGAUCCCAUCAGUGUUGUUGUUGUUACCUGGAAGCUUGUGGGUCCUUACCAGGCACCAGGAGAAGAUCAUGCUUUGGAAGAAAAGAGAAACACAUUCCAGGCUGUUUUAGCCUCUUCUGACUCCAGUUCCUAUGCUAUUUUCCUUUAUCCAGAAGAUAGUUUGCAGUUCUAUAGCACAUACUCCAAGAAUGGCGAUGAAAAUAUUCCUGCUAUGGUCGGCUUUAGUCAAGCCUCUACAAACUACUACUUUUGGGAAAAACCAGGAUCCUACAAUGUCAUUGCUAAUGAUGAAGACAGCAUUAGAAACCUGUACAAAAGCAGCAAUGCUGGGAAGCAAGGUGUCUGGGUGUUUGAGAUUGGUAGCUCAUCUGACAGCAUCGUGCCUGCCAAGAUCAGCAAUGUUUUGGAGAGCCUAGAGCCUGAUGAAGAAGACCAGGAGAUGACUUCUAAACCAUUCAUGUCAGACUACGGCUCCACUGAAAUAACACAGCAGUAUAUCACAAGUAGUACAGACAGCACCGAAGAGGAUCAGCACCAUGUUACGUACAGUGUUCCUCAGUUAGCUGCAGAAGACUUUUUGACUCCAUACCAAGAUGUAACAGGAACACCUUCAACUGAGUCUUUUUACAGUCCUCAAGAUUUCCCAACAGCAAAAGCUCCACCUCGCCAGUUUCAGGUCCAGCGGUUCCCCCCCCAGCAACCUCAAGUCAUAGAUGUGGAAGAAUUUGAUGAAACUGGAAUAGUGUUUCGCUACCACACGGAUGUCCAACAGACCUGUGCUAACAACCGUCACCAGUGCUCUGUUCAUGCUAUUUGCAAAGAUUAUCCCAACGGAUUUUGUUGCAGUUGUAUUGCCGGUUACAAAGGAAAUGGCAGACAAUGCGUAGCAGAAGGUUCUCCUCAGAGAGUCAACGGGAAGGUCAAAGGAAGAAUCUUUGUAGGAAAUAACCCUGUUCCAAUUACAUUUGAGAACACUGAUCUCCACUCCUAUGUUGUGAUGAACCAAGGGCGUGCCUACACUGCUAUCAGCACAAUCCCAGAGACCUUGGGGUAUUCUUUACUACCUCUUGCCUCUAUUGGAGGUAUCAUAGGAUGGAUGUUUGCAGUGGAACACCACGGAUAUAAAAAUGGAUUCAGCAUUACUGGUGGUGAGUUUACACGGCAAACAGAAGUAACUUUUCUUGGCAACAAUGAGAAGCUGGUUGUAAAGCAGAAAUUCAGUGGUAUUGAUGAGCAUGGUCACCUUACCAUCAGCACAGAAAUGGAGGGCAGAAUACCUGAGAUCCCAUCUGGUGCAUCAGUCCAUAUAGAACCAUACACUGAACUCUAUCAUACUUCUAGUUCUGUGAUCACUUCAUCAUCCACGAGGGAGUACACAGUGACAGAGCCAGAAAGGGAUGGAGUUGCUUCCACGUACACGGGCGCCUAUCAGUGGCGACAGACCAUCUCGUUUGACGAAUGCAUUCACGAUGACUCCCACCGUCCUGCUUCUGCUACUCAGCAGCUCUCGGUGGACAGUGUGUUUGUCCUGUAUAACAGAGACGAGCAGAUCCUGCGAUAUGCUAUGAGUAAUUCCAUCGGCCCAAUCAGUGAUGGUUCUGCUGAUAUUAACCGGAAUCCUUGCUACACUGGUACUCAUAACUGUGACACCAACGCUGUGUGUCGUCCGGGAACUGGAAAUCGUUUCUUCUGUGAAUGUUCAGUUGGCUUCCGUGGAGAUGGAAACAUUUGUUAUGAUAUUGAUGAGUGUUCAGAGCAACCAGGUCUAUGUGGCACCAAUGCAGGCUGCAAUAACCAGCCAGGAACCUACCGUUGUGAAUGUGUUGAAGGAUACCAGUUUGCAGCAGAUGGGCGGACUUGUGUCGCUGUAGACUAUGUGGUAAACCACUGCCAGACAGGCACACACAAUUGUGACAUUCCUCAGCGUGCUCAGUGUGUGUACACUGGAGGGUCCGCCUACAUCUGCACAUGUCUCCCGGGCUUCUUGGGAGAUGGGCGUGCCUGUGAGGAUGUAGAUGAAUGUCAACAGGGCCACUGUCAUCCAGAUGCUUUUUGCUAUAACACUCCUGGUUCCUUCAGCUGCCAGUGUAAGGCAGGUUAUCGUGGGGAUGGUUUCCGAUGUGUGUUAGGAGAACCGGAAAAGUCCAAAUGCCAGCAUGAACGAGAAGUAGCUCUUGGCAGUGGAGGUGCUUUCUACCCAAGGGAUGCAAGAGUUGGUCACUUCAUUCCCCAGUGUGAUGAGCAUGGGAAUUACCUACCCACUCAGUGCCAUUCUGGCAGUGGAUAUUGUUGGUGUGUGGAUAGGAAUGGAAAUGAGAUUGAUGGCACGAGAAGUGGACCAGGAGUUCGUCCACCAUGUCUAAGCACAGCUGCUCCUCCUGUUGUUAUUGGGCCCUCUGUUCGACCAGACACAGUACCUCUGCCGCCAGGAACGCACCUGCUCUUUGCCCAAAGUGGUAAAAUUGAACAUGUUCCACUAGAGGGAAACAAUAUGAAGAAAAAUGGUGCAAAAGCACUCUUGCAUAUUCCAGACAAAGUUGUUAUUGGAGUUGCUUAUGACUGUGUGGACAAGAUGGUUUAUUGGACAGACAUCAGCGGCCCUUCGAUCAGCAGGGCUAGCCUGAAUGGUGGGGAGCCAACCACCCUCAUCAAAACAGACUUGGGAAGCCCUGAAGGGAUAGCUGUAGAUCAUCUAGGUCGCAACAUCUUCUGGACUGACUCUCAGCUGGAUAGAAUAGAAGUGGCUAGGCUGGAUGGGCGCCAGCGUCGCAUCCUUUUUGACACCGGCUUGGUGAACCCCAGAGCAAUUGUCGUGGAUCCUGUGAGAGGAAACUUGUACUGGACUGACUGGAACAGAGAAGCUCCUAAAAUUGAAACCUCAUACAUGGAUGGCACAAACAGAAGAAUUCUUGUUAAAGAUGAUCUUGGGUUACCAAAUGGACUGACAUUUGAUCCUUAUUCCUCAAUGCUGUGCUGGGUAGAUGCAGGUACUAAGAGGCUGGAGUGCAUGAACCCUAACCAGCUUGGUCGACGAAAGAUUGUUGAAGGUAUUCAGUACCCUUUUGGUGUCACAAGCUAUGGGAAGAAUUUAUACUAUACAGACUGGAGAAGGGAUGCUGUUGUUGCAGUGGAUCGCAUGAUUUCAUUAGAAAAUGAUAACUUCCAGCCUCACAAGCGCUCCCGUCUCUAUGGAAUCACCACGGCCUUUGCUCAGUGCCCAGGAGGGCAUAACUACUGCACAGUGAAUAAUGGUGGUUGUACUCACCUCUGCUUGGCUACCCCAGGAGGCCGUACUUGCCGCUGCCCUGACAACACAGUUGGAGUGGAUUGUAUAGAAAGACACUGAACAUUAAAAUAAGCUUUAGAGCAGCAGACACCUUUUCGAAAUGUGCUGUAAACAGUUCACUCCUAUCAACACAAUCAAGCCCUAAAGAUAAGUGCUCCAUGCUGUUGACAGCAAGCCACAAUGUGCAUGUGCAGUCACACAUACACACAGGUACUGGAUGUCUUGUAGCAGUUAAGCAAGACAAAGCUGCCCAGGUUGGGUCCAACUUUACCUUAUUCCUUUUAAUAUUAUCCCCUUACUUUUAAAGGUAAAUGUGGAGGCAUUAGUUGCAUCUGUGCUGGUCUAGGAGGAUGUGUCUCCUGGCAAAAUUAAAGUAACAAAUACCAAACAGAAUGAAGAGGGUGGCACUACCCAAAUCCUGAGACUGGGUUGUACCUUGGAGUAUGCAGAAGUUAUCUGCACAGUGGCAUGCUAAGCCCAUCAUGAGGCCCAUGUGGCUGGGCCUUAUCUCGAGCUGAGAAGCAACCAGGGGGUCCCAAAGAUGGAUAGAUGUGAGUGGAACACCCAGUAAUAUCACAGAUUUAAUGCCUAGCUGCAUUCCUUCUCACUAGUAGUCCUUUCACUUUCAAAAGUUGAAUCUCAUCUUUUGACUCUUGCAUUACAGCAGUACUUUAUCAGUGUGUUGUAAGGAUAAUAAUUCUCACCCUGGUUCAUGGGAUCCUUUGCUAUAGCACAUGAUUCUUAAUAGAUAAUCAACACCACUUAGUGGAUGUAUUUGAAAUUUUUGAGUCUUAAGAGAUAUACUUUUCUUCCAUCUGAGGUGGAUCCCUAAAAAGUUCCCUAAAAUCCACUAAGCAAAAUAUAGUAUUUUAAACAAUUGCUGAUAGUUCAUCAAAGAAUGGAUGUUGAUUCAUUUGGUUUUAAAGAGAUACACAAUCACAUUUGUUUCCUGAGAGGUUGUAAAAUAAUACUUCUGUGUUUGAUUCUAUGAGCCUGAAAGUGGUCUCUGAAUUCUACCCUAGCAAUCUUUUUUUUUAGCAAACCAUACCAUGCCUUUUUGUAGACAAUGAGAUACCAUGGCAGUCAAAAAUCUGAUUUUCAGCAAGCUCACCUGUGUUUUGGUGCUUAAAAGAAUAAAAGAUAGUGAUAUGCCCCCAUGUUCAGUAACAGCAAAAAAAUGCACUGAAAAUCAAAACAAAGUUGAUAUUUUCAUCAUCACCAGUAAGUUUAGAGAGGGGAAAAUCAGAAUGCAUAUUCUUAUGUCAAAUUAACAGUACAAAUCUGGGAGUGAAGUUUGUCUUCUACACUGUGUGUUGGGAAGGAAGCUUGCCUGCAAGACAACCUGCAGCAGAGCAAAACAGGGCUUGUGAGGCUUCUGCCAGAGCACAUUUCACUGACAUGAUCAGAGCAGUAAGCUAACAUCCCCGUUUCCUCACUUCCUCUUCAGACAUAACAGUAACAGUUUUAAACAGAGCCAAUUCUGAAUCUUAAAUGUGUGACAUCUUCUUCUUAAUUGUGUAUUUAUCGUGAAAUAACAUAUAAACAUUUUAAAAGUCUUUUUGUAUAACUUUUUAUAACUUUUAAUUCAUUCUAUUCAUACACUUAAUCAGGUAUAUCUUACUGUAAAUAUCAAAAAUUUGUUGAAAUGAAGGUGCUUGAUAACUCUUUCUCCAGAAUUAUUCACAUAUCUGGUGAAAUAUUAAAGUUUACACUCUGUACAGGUA